AGUUCAAUCAAUACACAUCACGAAUGUAAACUUGAAGUAUUGGCAGGCAGCUAUAGUUUGAAUAUAGUAGGGUUUUAUGAUGCCAAGCAACGCCAAAGUUCUGUUUUCAGUAUGUAAUAUAGACAAUAUUGUUAAUCAAGUACGUUCAGACUCAAAUAUAACGAUAUUCAAUUACAGUUGCAACACUCAGCCAUCAGCGGUUGCCAUAUAGAAUAAAUAAUGUAAUAAAUAGUUUAUCCCCGCCAAUAAUCUUUAUAUGUCUCUUGAAAGCGUUUUAAGGCCCACUGUAUAUAUAUUCAUGAGGAUAAAAAUUAGAAAAAAAAUUAAACUGGAUUAUGGAGUGAAUUUGAAAAGAUCACAUGCAAGUUCGGCAGUCAUCUAACUCAGCUAAACGGUUUUGAUUGCUGCUGGUUCGAAAUAAAAUUAUUAAAAUACAGUAGAAACAGCUGGCCUUUCACGACAGUGCUUUAUAAAUAAGACAUUAUUUUGGGAACAAUAAAUAUCAGGCAUAUUAUAUUGACAUAAUAAUACAUAUGGAUUGCUGACUAAACCGUGUGGACACCUAGGCAAUAUAUUCUAGUUUAAUACUUCAAGAAACGGCGAACAUCAGGCUUUUGUUUUCUAUGGAGGACAAGCUCACAGAGGAGCAAGUGGAAGAAUAUCGUGAUGCAUUUCGAUUUUUUGACAAAGAUGAAAGUGGAUAUAUUACAACAAAAGAACUUGGUUCGAUCAUGCGCAGUCUUGGUCAAAAUCCCACGGAAGUUGAACUACAAGAUAUUAUGAACACAGUUGAUUUUGACGGAAAUGGCACAAUUGAUUUCAACGAAUUUGUGAACAUGAUGAUAAACAUCAAUAACAAUACUUUGGAUGAAGGAGAACUAGUUGAGGCAUUUAGAACAUUUGAUAAUGACGACAAAGGAUAUAUAUUUUCUUCAGAAUUACGUUCUGUAUUACGCUAUAUUGGAGACAAUAUCCCAGAUGAAGAAAUUAAUGAUAUAGUUAAAGAUGCAAGACAUGGCUAUAAUAGAAAAAUCCUAUUUGAAGAAUUUAAGCAAAUGGUUAAACCGUGACCACAGCAGUUUGGAAAUCCAUUCAGUUAUCGUGCACUUGUAUUCAAGAUUGAGAUUGGAAAUACUGGAAAUUCAAUAGCUUUUUAUUCCACUGAAAAUGACGCGGAAGCACGUUUUAUCAUAUCUAGCUUUGUUUCAGUAGAAUAUUUAACUGAGAGCAAGGAACUGCAUGUCCGCCAUCUUUGAUUAGUUUUUAGCAGUUUAUGAAAUUCCUUGUAGCUCUCAGGGGUCAGUUGUAUAAAAGACUAUACAAUAGUUAACUUUUAACUGUAGUUAAGGGCAGAACUAAUUGGCCAAUCAGAGUCGU